UGUGCAAGCCGCUGUAUUUCCGCAUUCACCUGUGGCUCCGGGCAGCGAGCGCCUCACACCUCAGCCAACUCCGCCCGGGACAUGGAGCUCCCUCGCCCGCCGCCCCUCGCCCUGCUGCUGUUCCCGCUGCUGCUGCUGCUGGUCCCCGGCUGCCGGCCCCUCGCCUCCAACCCCCAACAGUGCCUGGCCAAGUACGAGCUGGGCCGGGGGGACUUCGUGCUGGACACGGACGACUCGGUGGCGGCAGGGGCGUCUUUCCUCAGCUCCCCCAACGUGAGCCGCGCCCGGGACUGUGUGCUGAUGUGUUGCCGCAGCCACGGCUGCAAUGUGGUUCUGCUGGAGGAUGUGAGCGGGCCACCCCGGGCAGACCCCACACUCCGGCACAUCAAGGGCUGCUUCCUCUUCAACUGCCUCUACAACCAGGAGUAUGUCUGCAGGUUCUUCAGGAGAGUGGGCUUCAGCAACUUCAUCCUCAAGGAGGUCUACAAGGAGUACCUCAGGCCCAGGUCACCUGGCGCAGGUGACAAACUGCCCAUUGCAAAAGCAGGAGGGGACAGAAUCGUCCAGCCAAAUGAGGAAGUAACUCUAAGUGGGUUGGAGAGCAGAGACGACUUUAAUAUCGUCAAGUUUGACUGGGCUCUUCUCAAGGAUGACCCUUCAGUGAAAAUAACAAAGACUAAAAAUCGGGAUGAGGUGGUGGUUUCCAACCUGAAGGUGGGGGUUUACACCUUACAGCUGACGGUCACAGACACAGCCAGGCAGAUGACGAAUGACGAUGUAACCAUAACCGUCCUCUCGCCAGAGCAGUCAGAGGAAUACUGCAUUGCCAGUCGUAAAGUAGGGCCUUGCCGCGGUUCCUUCCCACGCUGGUAUUACGAUGCCGAGGAAAUGAAGUGCAAGGACUUCAUCUACGGUGGCUGCAAGGGCAACAAAAACAACUAUGUGGACCAGAAGGAGUGUCAACAGGCCUGUGUUGGGGUCAAAGUUGGAACCACGCCUUCAGGCCGAUCCGGUUUGCCACAGUGCCAGGGGGAAUGCACUGAACAGCAGUUCAAGUGCGCAGACAACUGUUGCAUUGAUGACAGCCUGGAGUGCGAUGGAACUCAACAUUGCGGUGAUAACUCAGAUGAGUCUGCUUGUGGACAUCUGAGUGACCGAUUCAACAGGCUCUUGGACAUAAACAUCCCCAAGGAGAAAGCUCGCUGUACCUACCCUCCGAUGACUGGCCCCUGCCGCGCAGACUUCAGCCGCUUCUACUACAACCCCCUCAGCAAGUCGUGCGAGCGCUUCACCUUUGGAGGCUGCGAUGGCAAUGAGAACCGUUUCAUGGAGGAAAGCAAAUGCAUGGCCGCCUGCCGCGGAGUGACAGAGAAGGACGUAUUUUCCCGAGGGGCCUUUGAGAGACAAGCGCAAGAAAGCUCUUCAAACGCUGGCAUUGCCAUAGCUGUGGUUCUGGUCAUCUGCAUUGCCGUGGUGCUUGCCGUCCUGAUCUUCUACCUGCUGAAGAUGAAGCGGAACCGGCAGCAGGCGAGCCCGAUCAGUUCCAACGGUUCCACCACGGAAGAGGUGAAGAAGCUGAUGCACCUGGACUCGAAGCCCGUCUGACCCGUGAGCUGCCCAUGCGUCCGGUGUCCUUUGAAAGGCUUUGGGCUGGGGGAGGGAGCAGGUGGGUGGGACGGGUCUGAUUUGAAGAUUGGCUUCCUGUUUGUAGAUUAUCAAGUAACGUUGUUUUCUCAAGUGCCUGGAUUUUAUGCGAAAAUGUCCUGCCAGCGUGCUCCAGUUUUGUAAGUCACCCGGUGACAAUACAUUCAUCCAGUUGCCACGGAUACUUGCAGGCAACUUGAAGAUGAUGACUAGUUUCUAUCCAGCGCUGGCUUAGUGCCUUCCACAUUCCACCACCUUACAUGACCACACACUCGUGUUAAACUCUGAAAACCCACAGAACUGCCCCACACUGAACCCGCGGACUCUUCUUGCAUUUUCUGCUGACCAUUUGUGCACAUAUAGAGUGUCACCUUUCGGACAGUUAUGCCCCUGUCCCACUUAGGAAACCUGAACGGAAACCUCUGGGGAUUUUGCGCCCCACACACGGUUUCCAUGCGGUUACCGGAGGUUGCAGGUGGUUGCCGGAGGUUGCAGGUAGUAGAAGCAGAUAGGGAGACGGACAAAAACCUCUGGGAACCGCACAGAAACCUUGGGUGAGGCGCAAAGUCUCCAGAGGUUUCCGUUCAGGUUUCCUAAGUGAGACAGGGGCAUAAGGCACUGUUUCUGGGGCGCAGGGUAGGAAAUGUUGAAAAAUUAGGAUUUUGAGGUGGUUGGGACCUGGCUGUGAUUUUUGCCCCAGAACUGUGCAUUGCUGCUGAUGGUGCUGACGUCUCACUUUCACACUAAAUACGGUCACACGCCUACACUGUAACCUCGCACGGAAUAAAAAUUGUUUCCCACGGUGAACCCUUCCUAAUCCCCUGUCUGCUGACUCGCCCUAAUACCCCUCCAGAUGGCCGUCCAUAACCUCCCACCCUCCGACAUUCCUCACAC